CUUUUUCUUCUUUCGAGUCCUCUAGGUGGUCCUGGGUCAUAGAGUAGAAGUAGAAUUCCUCAUAUGUUCCAUAUUGUAACGACAACCUUACUCAUCAAGUGUGAAUAAAGAUGUCCUAUUUCUUCUUUAGACAUGAUCGACCUUCAAUUAAGACACUUUCGUCUCUUCCUGCUCUUCUCAAUCUCUUUCAGGAAUCUCUUACCUUGGGGGUACUACCUUCACAAAGUUCACCCAUCAAACCUGAGGUGGGAUACAUGGGAACUGUAUAUUCGAGUUCUCAAGUACGUGGCCUUCGAACUCCCCAGUUUCAUGAGAAGGGACGUACUCCUUCGUCUUGGAUUCCAUCACAUAGAACUUGAAGCCUCUGGGUCUUUUGACAUCGCAGCUUUUUCGAGGCUGUAGGUGACACAGUCUAGUACGUUUACCUUUGAACUCCCGAUUUCCUAAAUUGACGUGCACUCCUGUUACAAUCUCCACAACCUGACGACAGAUAAAGUGGGCUUGGAAUGGAAUACGCAGGAUUUCACACUCAUGCACGUACCAAAAUGGCAAGAAUUUCUCAGUCUGUGGAGAUUUUCUUGUGUCCUGUCUGUAAUAGCAUUUUGAUCAGGAUAUAGAAGGGUUGGAUGUCAAAAAUGCACGACCUAUUCUUGGACGGCAGGAGAGCUGCAUAAGUGGUCAAGACCACAGUACAUUUAUUACUCCAAAUCCAUGUAUACAAUCCUGGAACAGCGAAUCAAAAAAUC